AUGGCUGCUGUGCCGUCAGAUCCUCCAGCUGUGGCUGCCACCACCAACACCAAUUCUGUCCCGACGAACAGCGAUGCCAAGAAAGCAUCUGACUCCACGGAGACAGCUACACACGCCGCGGAGCCCAAUGCUACGACAACAACCGAGGAGUUGAAGGCCGCUCCGGAGCCCAAGAGCGCAGAGGACACAAACGGACUGUCUUCGUCGAACGGUCAAGAUGCGACGGGGGACGAGCCGAAGCCUAGUCUACCUCCUCGGCCGACAUCAAUAGACGCCAGGGAGGGACUGCCGCCCACUGGCCAGUCUGUACAACAACCACCAAACACCGCCACGACAACGAGCACCAGGUCGCCAAGGACCUCUACGACUCAAGGCGCUGAUACGGCAGCGACCUCGAUAGAAAUUGACAACACCAAGCCCGCCGACUUCGAGGGCGAAAUCUCUACCAAUAACGACCUGCCAACGCCCCAGAUUCUGAAGAAGAUCGAGAACUAUGUAGUGCUAGAUCGUCAUGGGAAGAGCCACACGUUCAAGAGCUUAUACACCGGUCGCAAUGUCGCGAGGCGAGUCCUCGUCAUCUUCAUCCGCCACUUCUUCUGCGGCAAUUGUCAGGAAUUCCUACGAUCUCUCUCCGAAUCGAUAACCCCCGACGCUCUGCUGGGUCUUCCCAUGAGCACGUUCAUUACCGUCGUCGGAUGCGGCAACCCUGGUCUGAUUGAAAUGUACCUCCAGGAGACGGGCUGCCCCUUCCCCGUCUACACCGAUCCUACGCGACGUCUCUUCGACACUUUGGGCAUGACGCGCACCCUCGCGCUAGGAGCUCGACCGGCCUACAUGCGCAAAUCCAUGCUCAAAUCAGCCGCCGAGAGCGUAUUCCAGGGGUUGAAGCAGGUCAAGAGCGGUCUAGCCACAAAAUCGGGCGACCACAGACAAGUUGGCGGCGAGUUCCUCUUUGAACCACUCGAGCUCGUCACGCCCGUCUCGACUCCAUACGCCGAGCGGCAGAUCGAGGAAGCCAUGACGUCGAAAAAGAACAGCAUCGACAAUAAGGAGGGCAUCGACGGAGAGGGUGGCGACGAUUUUGAGCCGGAGGAGAAGAGAGUGACGUGGUGCCACCGCAUGCGCUCCACGCGAGACCACGCCGAAAUACCCGAGCUGAUGGAGAUUCUCGGACUCAACGGGUCCGGAAAGCCUCCCGCUCACGAAAAUAAGAGGUGGUCCAGGGCACUGGAGACAAGGAAGGGCACUGGGUUGAGCAUGGCUAGCCAGAUGAGCAAGUUGAGCGAACAGGAACGAGCAUAG